AUGUGCGAUGCCAACAAUUUUGCUGUAGGAGCAGUGUUGGGACAGCAUGUAGGUAACUCUCCUCAUGUCAUUCAUUAUGCCUCAUGCACUUUAGAUGCAGCACAAUGUAAUUACUCUACCACAGAAAAAGAGUUGCUGGCCGUGGUGUUUGCUUUGGAGAAAUUUCGGUCCUACCUACUUGGGACAAAGGUGAUUAUUUAUUCAGACCAUGCUGCAUUGAGGUAUUUGAUCAAGAAAAAGGAGUCCAAACCAAGGCUGGUUCGUUGGAUACUGCUGCUGCAAGAGUUUGAUUUGAAAAUCCGUGACAAGAAGGGGAAGGAAAACCUUGUAGCUGACCACCUCAGCAUAAUACUUUUAGAAUUGGAGCCACGCCCCAUCAAUGAGACCUUCCCCGAUGAGCAUUUAUUCAGUUUGCCCAAAGCAAUGAUCAGUGAUAGAGGCACCCAUUUCUGCAACAAGGUAGUGGAGACUCUCCUUAAAAAGCACCAUGCUGUCCAUAGAACAUCCACUGCCUAUCAUCCCCAAACAAAUGGGUUGGCCGAAGUAUCAAACAGGGAGAUCAAGUCAAUUCUGGAGAAGACAGUCUGCACAAACCGCAAAGAUUGGAGUGUGCGCCUCAAUGAUGCCUUGUGGGUUGGUGACAAGGUCUUGCUUUUUGAUUCAAUGUUCGAAUUAUUCCAUGGGAAGUUUCGGUCAAGGUGGAUUGGACCAUUCUUGGUGGAGCACAUCUAUCCAUAUGGAGCUGUGGACAUACGCAGCCCACAAACAAGCAAAGUUUUCAAGGUCAAUGGGCACCGCUUGAAGCCUUUCUAUGAGGGAUUUACUGUUCACCUUGUAGAGGAGGUUCUCUUGGAUCCCCCUUCCCCAAACAGCUGA